GGCCACUGAAUCAUAUGAGUAGCAGACAAAAUUGUGAAACUCUCUUAUUUUCCCUAGAGCGCUAACCUAAUCCAGGGCAGAGAAGAGAAAAAACAAAGUUAGACUCGUCAGCAAGAGGAGUACAGAGCUAGGAUGAGCUUCCUUCCACAUUCCUCCUUUGAGACCUGGGCUCUUCUGAUCACGGUUCUCGCUCUCCUGAUAUUAUAUGGGAUCUGGCCAUAUGGUUUAUUUAAGAAACUGGGUAUUCCUGGGCCAACACCCCUGCCUUUCUUUGGGACUGUCUUCAAAUAUAGCAAAGGUUUAGUGGAUUUUGACAAAAACUGCUUUCAGAAAUAUGGGAAAAUCUGGGGGUUUUACGAUGGCAGACAGCCUGUGCUGGCCAUCCUGGAUUCUACACUCAUUAAAACUGUGCUGGUGAAAGAGUGCUACACCACCUUUACCAACCGAAGGAGAUUUGGUCCAACAGGAUUGCUGGAGUCGGCUGUCUCCAUCGCUGAAGAUGAGCAGUGGAAGAGGAUUCGCACUGUGCUCUCUCCAGCCUUCACCAGUGGGAAGCUAAAGAAGAUGUUUCCCAUCAUGAUGCAUUAUGGGAAGGUUUUGGUGAGAAAUGUUCAGAAGCAAGUGGAAAAGGAUGAACCCAUAGCUGUUAAAGAUGUGUUUGGUGCCUACAGCAUGGAUGUUAUCACAAGCACUUCAUUUGGCGUGAAUAUUGACUCCAUGAACAACCCCCAAGACCCAUUUGUGAAGGAGGUUAAGAAACUAGCGAAGUUUGACUUCUCUUUCAUAUUCUUUAUUUCGAUAUAUGUAUUUCCAUUCCUUGCUCCUUUUCUUAAGAUGCUGAAUGUGAGCAUUUUCCCAAAUGAUGCCCUGGAAUUCUUCGCACAGUCAAUCACCAAAAUAAAGGAAAAGCGCAAGAGAGACACACCCACUGACCGAGUGGAUUUCCUGCAGAUGAUGAUUGACUCCCAGAAUUUAAACACCAGUCACAAGAGCGAUGGGUUGGAUCACCCAAAUAAAGUACUGACUGAUGUUGAGAUUCUGGCUCAAGCAAUUAUCUUUAUUCUUGCUGGCUAUGAGACCACCAGCUCCACUCUUAGCUACUUGGUUUACAGUCUAGCUACUCACCCCGAUGUACAGCAGAAGCUUCAGGAGGAGAUAGACUCUGUUCUUCCCAACCAGGCGCCUCUCACGUAUGAUGCCUUGAUGCAGAUGGAGUAUGUUGACAUGACACUGAAUGAAACCCUCAGGCUCUUUCCUAUUGGAGGCCGAAUUGAAAGGGUCUGCAAGAAAGAUGUAGAGAUAAAUGGAGUGACCAUUCGCAAGGGCACUGUGAUUAUGAUCCCAUCCUUCCUUCUACAGCGUAUCCCAGAAUACUGGCCAGAACCAGAGGAGUUCAGACCUGAAAGGUUCAGUAAAGAGAACAAAGAGACUAUGGAUCCUUAUAUGUACCUGCCCUUUGGAGCUGGACCCAGGAACUGCAUUGGGAUGAGAUUUGCUCUCCUCUCCAUGAAAGUUGCUAUCACCAGUCUGCUGCAGAAUUUCACCUUCAGACCCUGCAAAGAAACUCCAAUACCUCUCAAACUACUUUCAAAAGGAUUCAUAACUCCAGUGGAACCUAUUAUUCUGAAGUUAGUCUCCAGAACCACAGAAUUGAAGGAGUAAAAUCCAGUGGUGUUUUAUAGCAGCUCUUCAGAGGCCAAUAGCUGCUGUACCAACGGAUUUACACAUUGUUCUGGGAAGGUGAUGUAGACCCAGAAGAGCUUAAUUCAGAAGACAGUUGCUAAAUAUUCACAGAAAAGCAUGACUAGAGAAACAGACAGAGAAAGUGGGUGAGGUAAGGAACCAUUAGAAUAUGUGCUAACUACUUGUGCUAAACUAUCUGUUCAAUCUUGUAUUUAGCUGUGACACUCUUGAGCACCUUUCCAGGCCUGGAGAGGAGCUCUGUGUAGCUGGAAAGCUUGUCUCUCUCACCAACAGAAGCUGGUCCAAUAAAAGAUAUUACCUCAUCCACUUUUGUCUCUCUACUAUCCUGGGAUCAACAUGGCUACAACUACACUGCAUAUAAAAAGCAUGUUUGUCAGAAAUCCAAUCUGAGUCAUUGGACAGUAAUUAUACAGUAAAUGGCUUUUCUAAUUCUGAUUGUAUGAACUGUAUUUACAAAGUAAAGAUUCCACUAAAGAACAGCUCAUUCACAAAGUUAUCCUCUGCUACCUGGUCUACAGUAUGAAAUUUAAUCAAGUCUGAACAGAGUUGUCAGCAAUUGUGUUAGCUGAAUGGGCUUGGAACACAAUUAGCAGUGAGCGUGGACAAGGGCAAACCAUGCUAAUUAAACUCAAUCACACCUAACGCUUGUUGACAGACAUGACUGCUGGCAACCGUGCUGAGUCAGGCGCUGUUAAAUUUCAGUGCAGGCCAAGUCUGGCUCUCUCUUAGUGGUAUCCCUUCCCAAAAGGGAGAAAAGUACAGUCUCUUUCAAGAUGCAGAAGAGACUUGUUUGAUACCAACAGGAAUCAGUUAUUUUUUUUAUUAUUAUUGAGUGGGAAUAUUGGUGAGGAAAAAUGGGUGCAUGACUAAAUUCCUUUUGAAUAGUGCAAAUAGUUCUUGCCUGGAUACAGUUCAGCAAACAAACUGUUUAGUUAGGCUAUAUUCUGCUAACUAAUCGCCUGUGUAAUGUAUCUAUUGUAUAAAGUGGUAAUUUACAGAGAUGACAGAAAUCAAUAAAAAUAUGUUGAGCAGAG